ACGCCAAUUCUGUGGGUUUUUCUUGCAGAUGAAUUCUGAACGUCCUCUCCGAUCGGUGGUUGAGGACAUUGUGCCUCCCCCAGACGUGACGUUCGCUCCUCAACGCACUGACCUGACCGGUCCGCGAUCUCCGACAAGGGGGAUGGGUGGGAGGGAGAGCCAGCCUCUGCUCGGUCGCGAACAUGAACAUCACGAUUUUGAGAACCAUUUUCGACGACCCUGUGUUUAUGGACGUUAUACGUUCCGCUGACGUUGCUAUAGAGAACGGCAUAUAUCCUGAGAUAAUCUAUCAGGGCUCCAGCGGUAGCUAUUUUGUGAAGAACACGGAAGGGAAAAAGAUUGGAGUGUUCAAGCCCAAGAACGAGGAGCCGUAUGGACACCUGAACCCUAAGUGGACCAAGUGGAUGCAGAAGAUCUGUUGUCCGUGUUGUUUUGGGCGCAGCUGCCUGGUGCUGAACCAAGGCUACCUGUCUGAAGCUGGGGCAAGUCUGGUCGACCUCAAGCUGCAGCUGAAUGUUGUUCCCAAGACUAGGGUGGUCAAACUAGCCAGCGAGACAUUCAAUUACAACGCUGCUGACCGAGCAAUUUCCCGGACAAAGAAAUCCCUCUCUGAGCGCUUCCCAGACAAGAUAGGCCGACACAUCCACAGAGUGGGCCUGCCCCCCAAGGUGGGGUCUUUCCAAAUGUACGUGGAGGGGUACAGAGAUGCCUACUACUGGUUAGGGAAGUUUGAGACAGAACCUCUCCCUGAGCCAAUCAGCACUCAGUUCCAGUUCCAGUUUGAGAGACUGGUGGUGUUAGAUUACAUCAUCAGAAACACAGACAGAGGUAAUGACAACUGGCUGAUCAAGUAUGAUGUAGAAGAAGGAGACAAGCCUGAAACUCCUGAGCGAGACUGGACCAUGGUGGAACAGCCCAAGAUCAAGAUUGCUGCUAUUGACAACGGCCUGGCCUUCCCCUUCAAACACCCUGACUCAUGGAGAGCCUACCCAUACUACUGGGCAUGGUUGCCACAGGCCAAGAUUCCCUUCUCAACGGAGAUCAAAGACCUGAUACUGCCACAGCUGUCGGACAUGAACUUUGUGCAGGAGCUGUGCGAGGACCUGUAUGAGCUGUUCAGGAAAGACAAAGGUUUUGACAAGAGUAAAUUUGAGAAGCAGAUGUCAGUCAUGAGAGGACAGAUUUUGAACCUGACGCAGGCCCUACGUGAUGGGAAGAGUCCACUCCAGCUGGUGCAAAUGCCACUGGUCAUCGUGGAGAGAGGCAAGCCUGGGAGCGGGCCGUUUGCGGAGAGAGUCAAGACAAUCGGCGACACCUUCACUCAGAGCUUCCAGGAGCGGAGACCCUUCUUCUCCUGGUGUUAGACUGUCCCACUAUUUAUGACAUGUUUGUGAUUCUGUGCUGAAAGCACAAAAGACUGGUUAGUAGGCAUCAGUGGAGUGAUUCAGCUCAAAUCUUAAAGUGUUAUAAUUAUAACUAUGUAUACCUGUAUUAUACAUCUAUUUUAGGCAUAUAUUGCACUUUUGAGUUGGUCACUGAGAAGUCAAAACUUUUUGUUACAAAGAUGGAAAUACAAAAUGUAGGACAGCAUUGGCAAUCGGUUCAAACCCGUUGAAAACCUUACUUGUGGGUGUCUUUCUAACAUCCCUUCCAGAACCUGAUGUUCCGUUGGAGAACGACUGAUGGCUUAUGAAAUGCUGGAAAAAUGAAAAAAAAAUGCCCUUCAGGAUGUGUGACGCCAAAAGAGGCCUUUGCUAGAAUUGUCAAUAGAUUUUGUACUGUAGUAAUAUGUAAUUGUAGAGGUAUUACUGUAGCAAGGGUAGACUGUGCAAUGGUAUCAUGGAAGCCACUCUGAACUACUAAAAAUUUCUUCUGUCAGUCAAAAAUACAAUGUUUUAAUUGUGUGUUGUGUGAAAAAAUUGAGACCUUAGCUGCUGAAAAUAAUACCUCAAUUUUGUUCUUCUCUCAGUAUUAUGUUAGUAAUUAAGAACAGGAAGAGUGCAAAACGGUUUUAUUAUUUUUCUUCUUGUUAUGUUAAGCUCAUUCAAUUUGCAUAUCUCUAAGUAAAAUGUUCAAAUGAAUGUAAAGUUAUUUUCAGUUAGGUUCAUUUUUUACAUGUUGAGAGGCAUUACGAAAAUGCAACCCUUCUGAUGAUAGUGGGACCAGAGUGCUCUUUUCUUUUCACCCAUCCAAACCUGAGCCGAACCUACCAAAUUUUCUGUACUGGUACCCACCCCUACUACCUAUACAUUGCGUCCUUUGGAAAUGCACUUAACACAUUGUCAACUUUCCUCACUUCACCCAGGUGUAAAAUGGGUACCUGACUUCUGUAGGGGAGGUAAAAGGAGAGGGAUGGGCACCGCCUUCCAAUACCAUGCCCUAGACAAAGUAACAACCCAUUUGACUUUCUACUCAGUACCCCUCAAAAAGGUUAUGGGACUACCUACCUGCUUUUGAUAUUACAUGUGCCAGGUGUUGUAUUGAGGUUUGCAUAACAGGGUCAGCGUGUUAUUGUUCUCGAAGGCACCAAUCUCCUUUUUUGUUUCAAGAGAAUACUGUGUACUGAUGAUAAGCAUGUAUCUAUUUACGUGCUCUGGAAUGCUGCAUGUAGUUGAAUAGAAUUAUACUGUGAGUGCAAUAACUGAGGAAUAGGGCUACAAGUAUUCAAGAAUUUGUACUGGAGAUGAUAUAUUGAAUUUAUUAUAUAAUUAGUAUAGAACCACUCAAUGAUAUGGUGAAGUUUUUAAGUUUUUGUUUCCAGUAGCAUAUGUUACAUAUAAUCUUGAAGUUAUUUAUAAACUGUGGUAGAAGUUUUGAAUGCUGUACAGAUUUGUAAUUACAUGAUUGUAUAUAAAUAUUAGGAAUAUCAUUUCUUAGUUGCUGAUCCAGGAAGGAUCAUGGGGAGUUCUUGUGAAAAAGUUGGUGGAAGAUUUCCUCACAGAUUGUCAGUUUGUUCUUAUAAAAAUGGUUGCAGAAUGUUUCCCUUUUGUCACACUGCUCUCCACAAACUUUCCUGGUCCAACCUUUCAAUACAUACUGCAGAGAAUUACUUGUUGUUGUUUGCUAUAGUGUGAGUGCCAUGAGAUAAAAGGAGGUCAAUAUAAGUACCUUUAACUCAUUAUAUAUGUAUGUCAGGAUUGAAUUAAUCAGCCCAGCUGUUACACACAUUUCAUUUGUCAUCCCAAGAUUAGAGCUUACACUUUUUGAUGGAAAAGUUGGUUCCUUACUAUACUACUACAUUUAUGUGCGUUCAUUGAGAAACAGUUGUUAAACAAGUAUGAAGUCCCUGUCAUGUAGGCACGCUGGUACAGACUGGCACAGAUGUGGACUAAUGGGAGACAUGACAUGAAAUGAUGUGUUUGUAUUUUUUCUGUAGAACCCACACAUGUUGUUAAUAGCAUUUAGUAUGACCUUUAAGUUUAGAAAUAAGUAAUUCACUUUUACCAUAUUCAGGUUUCACAUUUACCAUACACCCUAUAAAGGGAUUUAACAUCGCCUGCCAUACACUUGAAUGUGUGGCCAGCUGCUGCUUAAUGGACCAAGGAAGAAAUUAAAAACCUGUACACAAUGAUAAAAUGAUGUUACAUUACACACCAAAAAGUACUUACUCAAGCAACUGGAUAUGGUUUUGGAACCCAGUUGCUUGAGUAACUACUUUUUGGUGUAUCUUAUUACCUGGAUGUCUAACCUACAUCGACAGAUGUAACAUUAUGUUUAUCCUGUUGGUUUUAAAGGUGUUGUGGUGAAACGGACUGUGUAGAAAUUGUGUGUGCAAAAUGUUAAAUGAAUACACUUUCAGUCUGUACAGCAUGUGACUGUGCAUAAGCAGGUAUGUCCACUGUUACAGUAGUAGCUUUAUCAUGUUCAGUCCUACUGACAUACAGGAUUUGGAAUACACAAGUGCAGACUAUAACUACUAAGUAUCUUGGUAGGAAAUUAUUUUAAGUGCAGGAGGGACUUGAGAAAUAAAAUGUAGCAAAGUCUUG